AUGGCGAUUUAUCACUGUCUCCGAGGGAGAUGUGCCCACCAGCACAGGGGCUACAGCAAUGAGAUCUGCUCACACCACAGGGGAUGCUGCAGCAGCAGCGGGGGGUUCUCGAGCCUCCAGGGACAUGGCUCCUUCUUCUGUGGUGGAGAAGGCUCAGUCAUCUACAGCCGGGGAGCUUCAUCCUGCCAGCCCAUGCCAACAUCGUCCACCUAUGGCGUUGCAGGGGGGUACAGAUGUGGCAGUGAUGGAUCUGUUGUAAUAACCAGCGGUGACAGUGAGGGAACAUCUGGCUGGGGCAUUGCAGGGGGGACAGUCCCAGUCCACGGCACCGGGGGGGGAAUAGGGUGCAGCAGCGAGGACUCAGGGCAGAACAUCAUUGGCAGCUCAGGGGGUGGUGGAGGAUCCAUCUGCCACAGUGGGAAAUUGGGCAUCACCGCGGGAGGAGGCUCUGGGUACGGAUACGAUGGGUCACCAAGAGAAAAAGCCUUAACAACAGGUGGGGGCAGUGGUGGGUCAGGAUACUAUAGCGGAGGAUCGGGCUAUGGCAUCGGGGGGUGCUCAGGCCCAGAGCUCAGCUCUGGAGGCGGUGAGUCCUCCCAGGCCAUGCAGCAGAAAUGCCCUGUGGUCAUUCCCGACAUGGAGGCCCACCAGAGCAAGCAGACCAACCACUGGCCCCCCAGCCAGAAGAAGUGA